AUGGAAGGAACCGCAGCAAAGCCCAGCAUGCUCGCGCUCGUCUUCCUCCUCUCCACCGUACUUCUUCUAACGAUCUCCUCUCCUUGCGAUGCUACCCUUCUCCAAGACACAUGCAGGAGAAUCACGACAUCGCGCUCCGGCAUCGGCUACGAAUUCUGCGUCGCAUCGCUCCAGGCCGACCCCGCGUGCGCCUCGGCGGACCGGCGCGGCCUGGCAAUGAUCGCCACGAGGCUCUCCCUCGCGGGCGCCUCCGCCGCCCUGUCCGCCAUCACCAACAUGACCAGAGCGAAGCCUAAUCCUUGGUCGACAGACUGCCUGGGCGUCUGCUGGGAAGUCUACGACGCGGCCAUCGACCACCUCAACGUCGCCAUGCGGAACCUCGGCGCCGGGCGGUACCGCGAGGCGGUGGUGUUCCUCAGCGCCGCCGUGGACGCGCCGGACAACUGCGAGGACGCGUUCAGGGAGAUGGGAGACGGCACUUCGUCGUCGCCGUUGGCGCACGAGGGCAGGGACUUUGGUAGGGUGGCCGCCAUGGCUCUCGCCAUUACCGCCACCCUGGGGGGAUAA